AUGUCGGAGCUCAACUGGAACGGCACUGCCAAUUGGGAGGCGCGGAUCCAACCCGCAGGCGCCCCCAGGCUCCUAGGCUGGAACGUGGCACCCGAGGAGCUCGUUUACAUACCGGAACAUUGGCUCGUUUACUCGGAGCCCAAUCCCUCGUUACAUUAUCUACUCGCCCUCCUCUAUAUCCUCUUCACGUUCAUCGCCCUCCUCGGCAAUGGUAUCGUCAUCUGGAUAUUUUGUUCGGCGAAAUCAUUAAGAACACCGUCCAACAUGUUCGUUGUGAACCUGGCGAUUUGCGAUUUCAUGAUGAUGAUAAAGACACCGAUCUUCAUCUACAACUCGUUCAAUACGGGCUUUGCCUUGGGCCACCUGGGAUGCCAAAUAUUCGCGUUUAUCGGCUCGCUAAGCGGUAUCGGAGCUGCCAUGACCAAUGCCGCAAUUUCCUACGAUCGCUACAGCACGAUCGCCCAUCCUCUCGAUGGCAAACUGUCCCGAGGCCAGGUGAUGCUAUUCAUCGUUCUCAUCUGGACGUACGUACUCCCUUGGGGCCUCAUGCCGCUAAUGAACGUCUGGGGUCGCUUCGUGCCCGAGGGCUUCCUCACGAGCUGCUCGUUCGACUACCUCACCGACUCCAGCGAGACGCGCUACUUUGUUGGGACGAUCUUCACCUUCUCCUACGCCAUUCCCAUGACCAUGAUCAUCUACUUCUACAGCAAGAUCGUCGGCCACGUUAUGAACCACGAAAAGGCGCUGCGCGAGCAGGCAAAAAAGAUGAACGUCGAGAGUUUAAGAAGCAACCAGAACCAGCAGACCCAAUCCGCCGAGGUCCGCAUCGCCAAGGCAGCCAUCACCAUCUGUUUUCUGUUCGUCGCCGCUUGGACCCCUUACGGUGUCAUGUCACUGAUCGGAGCUUUCGGCAACAAGGCCCUGCUCACACCCGGAGUCACCAUGAUCCCUGCCUGCGCUUGCAAGACCGUCGCCUGCUUAGAUCCAUACGUUUACGCCAUCAGCCAUCCAAGAUACAGAUUGGAGCUGCAGAAGCGAAUGCCGUGGCUUGAGCUGCAGGAGAAACCUCAAACGGAUUCAACGAGUACCACGACAGAAGUUACGAAUAAUCCUUCCUCGGGUUAGGCUUUCGAUAUUUGAAUUAAUUCGAUCACUUUGCAAGCCUGUUCAUCGUAAUAAUGAAAUCAGUAUUCAUAAAUAAUCAUCUUUGGCAAAGGCUGUAAAACUUUCUAUGUGAAAAGACGAUUGAUCCCAGUGAUGCCUAUUAAUGUAAUGAUAAAAGUUCUUCAAGAAUACAAUUCAAUUAAUUGA